AAAUAAUUGGAAAUUUAAAAAAAAUUUGGUUAAAAACUUUUGAAAUAAAUUUAACUUCAAAAAACUUUUUUAACUUUGAUUUAUAUCUUCAAGUUUUAUUUAACAAAUGAGUUUAACAGUGUUAGAGCCCAGUCUAGCAGCUAAGGCACUUAAAGAAUUAAAUGAAAAACCAGAUGGUCGUUAUAAAAAAAUAAAUAAAUUGAGAGCAAAAACAACAGAGCGACCAGACCUGAAGUUUGAUACAACAGAUAAAGGUCUUAUUAUAUUUCUACGCGCUAGAAAGUUUAAUGUUGAUAAAGCAUUCGAAUUGAUGGUUAGGUAUUAUGAAACUAAAAGAAGCAAUCCAGAUAUAUUUGAAAAUUUUAAUCCAUCUGCUGAAAGGUUAACGUUUCAAUCAGGAUGGAAUAUUGCUUUUCCGAAACGUGAUUCUAAUGGCUGUCGAAUUUUCACUAUAUGCCCUGGUAACUGGAACCCAAGUGAUCGUAGUCUCAUAAAUAAUUUUCGAGCAAAUUUGAUUGCAUUAGAAAUUUUGAUACAAGAAGAAGAAACUCAAAUAAAUGGGUUAGUUAUCAUAAUUGACUUUCGUAAUUUUGGAUUGACUCAAGCAGCAGCUAUUCAACCCACCCUUUUUAGGCGGUAUGGAGGUUUUGUGUUUAACACAUAUCCGAUACGCAUUAAGGGCAUACAUGUCAUUGAACAGCCGGCAAUAUUUAGUAUAAUAUUUCCUAUUAUAUCAUACUUUAUGAAAAAAAAAAUAAAAGAUCGUGUCAAAUUACAUGGUUCAGACAUGGACAAUCUCAGUUGUUUUUUUAGUGCUGAUAGUCUUCCUAUGGAGUAUGGUGGUACUGGGGAACCUAAUGAUUUUAAUGCUUGGGUUAGAUAUGUUAUAAAUGCAGAGGAGGAGUUAGAACAUUUGUGGACAUAAUCCAAUAUUUUUUAUUUUAAUAUAUUUUUUAUUAAUAUUUUGGCUUUUUACAUAAUAUUUUUUAUAUCAUGUUUUAAUGUAUUUUUAUACUGUUGAUUUUUUGAUAUUCAUAUUUAGGUGUUUGUGUGGGGCGUGUAUAUAUUAUUGUAUAUAUUUUGCACAAUUUAUUUAUUAAAAUGCAGACUUGAUACUUUACAGGUUUCAGUCAGAAUAAAAAAAUGAAAAAUGAAAAA